GGAGAUUGGAGAGAGACACACUUUUGGGACAGCAGAUUAUCCUCCAGAUAGAUGGGCCAGGUCACAAAGUAACCACAUGGAAGCAAUUCCAAAAUGAUAUCUUAAUUAAGAGAAUUCCAAACUAAUAUUUACAAAACUACCAUGUAUUUUUAACCUUUAUUCAAUCUUUAUAUACCAUUAUUUUUCUUCUUGAUAUGUGGAAAAGCAAAAUGCCCAUUUUAUCAAUUUAUAACGUCCCAUACUUACCAUACAUUACAUAUAUGUGCAUUAUUGCCAAAAUAUUUUAUAAUAUCUUUCCCUCACUAUUCACUCUCUCACUCCCUAUAAGAUCCAAUAGUUGUUUUUUAGAGAGAUAGAGAUAGCUAAAGUAAGAUGGAGACCAUAGAGCAUAAAACCAUAGAAGUAAAUGGCAUAAACAUGCAUGUAGCCCAGAAGGGACAAGGCCCAACAAUCUUAUUCCUCCACGGCUUCCCGGAGCUAUGGUACACGUGGCGCCACCAGAUACUCACACUGGCUUCCUUGGGCUACCGAGCUGUGGCCCCGGACCUCCGCGGCUACGGGGACACCGAUGCACCGCCUUCGGUGGGUAGCUACACGUGCAUGGAUGUGGUUGGAGAUGUGAUUGGGCUGUUGGAUGCCAUAGCUGCUGAGGAAGAGAAAGUGUUUGUGGUGGGACAUGAUUGGGGUGCUGUCAUUGCUUGGAAUCUUUGCUUGUUCAGACCAGAUCGUGUUAAGGCUUUGGUGAACCUUAGUGUGGCUUUUAACCCCAGGCACCCUAAGAGAAAGCCUUAUGAGACUUUGAGAGCUGUCUAUGGUGAUGACUACUACGUUUGUAGAUUUCAGGAAAUUGGAGAAAUAGAAGGUGAAUUUGCCCAAAUAGGAACCCAACAAGUUAUAAAGGAAUUCUACACAUAUAGAAAUCCUGGCCCACUUAUGCUCCCUAAAGGCAAAAGUUUUCCACACUCAAAAGAUGCCAAAACUCCAACUGAGUUGCCUUCUUGGUUAACCCAACAAGACCUUGAUUACUACACAACCAAAUUUCACAACAAAGGCUUCACUGGUGGAAUCAACUAUUACCGGAACAUUAACAGAAAUUGGGAAGUGACAGCACCAUGGACUGGGGCUAAAAUAAAAGUGCCAGUAAGGUUCAUAGUAGGGGAUGUGGACCUUUUAUACAAUUCAUUGGGAGUUAAGGAUUACAUACACAAAGGUGGAUUCAGAAAAGAUGUUCCUCUUCUUGAAGAGGUCAUAGUCAUGGAAGGUGUUGGACACUUCAUCAAUGAAGAAAAACCUGAUGAGAUUAGCAACCACAUCUUUGAUUUCUUCAACAAGUUUUAAUUAAUAAUAAAUAUAUAUAAUGAUGAUAUGAUGAUGAUGAAAAAUCGUUAUUAUAAUUAGUAUUAUUAAUAAUUGUGUUUUUUUUUUGGUAUGUGAUCUAUCGAUAAUUUGCUUUCAUUUUUGCUUUUUUUAAUAAUUGUAAGAACUAAUAUUAAUUAUUUGCUAUUAUACAUGUUAUAACUCA